UCUGGUUUCAUAUAUUUUAAUAAAUUAUUUAAUCCUUUGGAAUGCUUAACAUUCCUUAAAGCAUAAAUACUUAAAAUCAGUGAAUAACGUGACUAAGAAGCUAUAAUGGGUUAUUACAGCAAACAAAUAGAGGAUUAUGAAUUUGGUGAACAGCUUGGAAAAGGUGGCUUUGCCACUGUCUUUAAGGCAAGAUGCUUGACAAAUUAUCAAGAUGUUGCCAUAAAAAUGAUUGAUAAAACACUCGCAACUGAGAAGCAAAUGUGGAAUCGUGUAUGUGAAGAAGUACAAAUCCACAGUAUUCUCAAUCAUUCAUCAAUUCUUGAGCUUUAUACACAUAUUGAGGAUAGUGAAUAUGUUUACUUAGUGCUUGAGUUGGCUCAUAAUGGAACUUUACAUAAAUAUUUUUCUGACAAAACACCAAAUGAAUUUGAGGCUGCAACAAUAUUAACUCAAGUCGUAGAUGGAGUGAAGUAUCUUCAUUCCAAAAAUAUCAUGCAUCGAGAUUUAUCGAUGUCAAAUCUUUUACUUACUGCAUCGAUGCAUGUUAAGAUCGCCGAUUUUGGACUUGCAACUCGCCUCAAUGAUUACAUGGGAAAUAAACACACGACACUUUGUGGUACACCCAAUUAUAUCUCACCAGAAGUAGCGUCCAGAUCUGAUCAUGGAUUAGCUACUGAUAUCUGGGGACUGGGAUGUUUAUUGUACACACUUGUAGUGGGACGUCCACCAUUUGACACAAACGCUGUAAAAGCAACAUUGACACAGGUGGUUAUUAGAGAUUAUGAUCCAAUUCCUGGUCACAUCUCACCUGAGGCUUGCGAUCUCAUUAAGAAAAUGUUGUGCAAAAUCCCACAUGAACGUAUUCGACUUGAUGAAAUUGAUGAUCAUCCUUUCAUAAAGAGACAUUGCCAAGUGAAUCGAAUGAUUCCAAUUGACAGCGGAAUUGCAACUUUAUCGUCAUCGAGUAAAACAACAAGAUCACGAUCAGAGGAAAGAUCUUUGAAGCAACAUAAUCGAAUAACAGGAAUUUCUGUUUCUUCUGCAUCUUUGUAUCGAGGCACAAGUCAAAUGAACAUUAAUCAACAACAUCAAAUUAAUUCUUAUCAUAGUUAUCAACGAUCAAUUGCUCAAUAUAAUUCACCACAACAAGUUAUAAAAGUAAUUGAAGUUCCGCCAUUAAGCACAAUUCGCCUUCAACCAACACGACACAAGACCAAAAGUGUAAUCUUAAGCAUCAUCGAAGAUCCAAUUGGCGAAGUUGUUCUUGAAUUUUUGAAGUAUAAAUCAAAGUAUGGCGAGGAACGAAUUUUUGACGUUUGUAGGAUUUCGAGUGAUGGUUUAAGAAUAGUUUUGUAUCAACCAAAUAACGGGAAAGGAGUAAAAAUUCAAGAUCGUCCACCUGAACUUCCAACAAUCGGCGCGGAUCAAAUUUAUAGCUACGAAAAUUUACCAGAAAAGCAUUGGAGGAAGUACAUGUAUGCCCAUCGCUUUAUUCAAAUGGUUCGAGCAAAAACACCGAAGAUAACAUUUUAUAGUAACUUAGCUAAGUGUCAACUUAUGGAAACUCUCGAAGAUUUCGAGAUGUUCUUAUACAAAGGUGGAAAAGUAACAAAAAAUGUAUCAUCGAGUGAUUUUCAAUUACAAUUGGAAUCGAAUUCGAAAAUAUUCACAAGAGAACAAGAAAUUGUUCAACAUGCUCAUCAAUGCUUUCAACAUUGUCUGAAAGUUGAAGAAACGAUGUCAUUGAUGUCACUUGAAUUUCCAUGCUUUCCCAUCAUCAUCGGCCGUCGACCAGCUGAACAAGAAAGUCCCAAAGAAAUUUACACGAACAACACUUUCAACAAUUACAUUUCCAGCUCACAAACUCCUUUGAGAACACCCAACAUAAAUAUGCCAUCAUUCUCAAUUGAUCAUACGCCAUCACCACCUGUCAAACACACACCUUUAGGGUUGCACAAUCCACGAAUCAUUGCACAAGAAACUUCGCCAUUAAAUGUACAAGAGAAGACGGUCAUCAUUCCAGGAGUUGGAAAUGUCGUUCAGAUGUUUGAUGGCACAGUUGAAAUUCAAUAUCUCGAUGGAUCUCUUAUUACUGUUCUCACUCCCGAGCGUGGAAGUGGAUUCUUCUAUUCAUCAUCGACAUCGUCAGGAAACAAAAAUACUCAACCAAUUCACUUCAAUGGUAUUAAUGAUCUGAAUACGAUGCCUAAAAUUGUUCACGAGAAAUUCAAACAACUACCUCAUGUUCUUCAACAAUUGAAAAACCGUUUCGGUGGAAUGACGACAUCAACGCCUAUUCAAAAUCCUGUUCUGUUGUCCAAUCGUUUCAAUCAAAUGAAAUUUAUUCGAUGAAAAAAAUUCCUUUAUGCACUUCUCGCUCUCUCGUUAGAUUUGUACAAUAAUUCUGUCGAGUCUUCUCAUUUAAGAAUUCAUACUAAAAUUUAUAUCUUUUAUUUUAAUUAUAUUUUAAAUUUAGAUAAAAAUUUAUGUCAACUCAAUUCAGAGAUGCAUUCAAAUAUUUUGUGGAUUGCUAUUUUUAAAAGAAAAAUAAAAGAAAAAUAUUGAUUUGAGUUCAUUGUUGUUAUGUCGUCAA